AUGGUGAUCGCUGCUUGGGACAAAGUACUUACGGUCUGUCACUGGGUCACCGGAUCAGCAGGAAGUGAACUUUUCCAUAGAAAUGUAGAUGUGCUAAGGGAAUCUAUCAAUGGCGAAUCAACAUAUACUGUCUUCUUUGUCAUUUCUCCUUCCUCCAUGUGGAGUAGAGAUGAAUCGGUUGGGAGGAGUGUGCCUUUUGUGUUUGUUGAGAGAGUGAAAGACAACUUUAAGCAGUGUUAUGGUGCUAGUAUAAGAACUGAUGGUCUAGAUUCCAUUGGGGAUGAAGAUGAUGAUGAAGAAGAUGAUUUAUUCCCAGACCGAUUUAGUAUUGCAUACAAUCUUGACAGAGAAUUUGGGCCAAGGAUUAAAGAGCACAUGCAGUACUGUAUGAACCAUCCAGAUGAAAUAAGUAAGCUGUCCAAACUGAAGACUCAAAUAACAGAGGUCAAAGGGAUAAUGAUGGACAAUAUUGAGAAGGUUUUGGAUCGUGGGGAGAAAAUUGAACUCCUGGUGGAUAAAACAGAAAACCUCCAGUUCCAGGCUGACAGCUUCCAGAGGCAGGGAAGGCAACUACGACGGAAGAUGUGGCUGCAGAAUCUCCAAAUGAAGCUGAUGGUGAUGGUGGAGGAUGAAGGCAACACAGAUCUGAAAUCGAAGGCGAGGAAUAAUCUUUCUUCUUCAGCGACCGAUUCAAUGGCGGAUUGCGUGGCAGAGAGGGAGAGAGAGAGAUGGCAAGGAGACCGGACGAGGAAUACGAUUACUUGUUCAAGGUGGCGUUAAUCGGCGAUUCAGGGGUCGGUGGAGUCUGUGAUGAGCUCCACCGAGACAGAUAGUGAUGAGGAAGGUAUGUGUAGAAAAUAAGCUGAAUAGGUUGAGGUCCGGCGGACGGCCAAGGCGAGAUUGCCGCCCGCCGGGGAAGCGAAACUAUUAGGUUCUAAACCUGCUCUGAUACCAUGUAAAAAUAU